UUUGGCUUUUCCAGAAAGCCGUUUUCUUUAGGCCCGAUGGCUCUAACUCGAAGGGAACAUUUCUCCAUCCAUGAGUCCAUGACCAAAGAGAAACAAACAGACACUGCGAUGUUGCAGAUAAAUGCCAAUCGAACUCCAUUUUAGGGCUUCCUCUUUACAUGAGCCUGAAAAGCUAGUGAAAACGUGAUGGCGAUUUUUGCGGGAAAUCUCCGCAUUAAAUUCUCAAGCGAGCUUUUUGUUCACCCGGGUCCAUUGGUGAAGAAAGCCAGUGUCAUCAGCUGCUGCAGAUCUUACCAAUCCUCAGGUCCCGUCCCUAAGAAAUGUUCCAAGAACAACGAAGAACCGACUUCACCCCCUACCAAGUCUUCUGAAGAGAAUUGCUACGAAGAGAUCUCGGAUUCAAGGCUUUUAAGAGAUAAAUUUUCAAAGGGUAUGAGAGGUCCAGUUACACUAUCAGGUCUCCGUGAGAAGUCUUUAGAUCAAUCUUCCUAUUCCAAAGGAGCCUUCAACUCCGGAACUGCGAGAUCAAAUGUUACGGUCAGAAAUAUCAGGGGGUUCUCAGAAUUGGAGAAUUACAAUUAUCAUGAAAUGGGGAUCAUAGACCAAAAUUUUGUGGAAGAGCCUGAAGAAGAGGUUACUGAUGAAUUUGGUAACUUGCAUGAGAAGACUUAUGAAGGGAGUGCAAUGUCUUCUAGAAAAACCAAACAAGAUGCUGAAAAGGUUGCAAUUGAAGCACUUGCUACAAGAGCAUUUACAGCAGUAGAGCUCAGAAAGAAACUCUGUGGGAAGAAAUUUCCUCUCAAUAUAGUUGAAGGAGUAAUAACUGAUUUCAAGAGCAGGGGAUUGAUUAAUGAUUUCUUUUAUGCGGAAGCAUUUUCUCGGUCUAGAUGGUCUUCAUUUUGCUGGGGGCCAAGGCGAAUUAAGCAAGCACUUCUCCAGAAGGGAGUGAAUGAAACAGAUGCAGAAAAGGCAAUGAAACUUGUCUUCGAGCAGGAUGAUUCUGGGAGCAGUCAGGAGUUGAAUCUUGGUAUGUCAAAGUCUUUACUCGAAAGCCUAUUUACUAAGGCCUCAAAGCAGUGGUUGCAGGGUCGAGAUGUUCCUCAUGAGACACGGAAAUCAAGGAUCAUUAGAUGGCUACAGUACCGUGGGUUUAACUGGGCUGUUACCAGCUACAUUGUAAAGAGGUUGGAAUCCAAGCAUCCUCCCCAAGUAUAUUGACAACCUCACUAGGGGAUUCUCAUGUAACUUCGCACAUUCAUUUUCCCUGCAAUGUAAAGGAGAGACCAUCUUGGUACCUCCAUGUUUAGUUCCCUAAAAUUUGAUUUGGUGGACCAGGGAUUCCAUGCAACAGUCUGGAUCAGGGAUAAUUGCAAUGCCCUACAUUCUGGCAAUCUGUUCAUCAUAUAAAAGGUUGCAUAAGUAGCCAAGACUAAAGCUACACAUGGCUCUCCAUGCUGCGUUAUAUGUCAACCUACCUGCUGCCAUCUUGUAUGACAAGCUCUUUUUAAAAUGAUCUGGUUGCAGAGUCAACUGUAAUAUCAAGCAGACAUCACCUUUGGAGUUUAUUGGCAGUUGGAUUGGCUGCACAUUUCUUGAUGAAUGAAGAAUUCUUUAUUUUAUGUAAUCUUUGAUAUUGCUAAUGGAAACACCAUUUCUUGCAAUUUGUGUAGGCAUCGGCUUUUUGAUGAGCCAUACUUGUAUUAUUUAUGGAUGAUGAGCAGCUAUGUGACUGAGGCGUUUCUAAAAUCUAAAUAAGACCGAGGGAUUACCAAUUGGUGAA